ACCCCACUUAAGAGACAUUUAAGAGUUUUACCAUUGAACAUGCUCUAAGAACCUUUGCCUAUGAGGUUCCACAAAAAUUAUGGACUCCAAAAAUACUUAUAUACCUAUAUAAUAUAUAUAUACGUAUAUAUAUAUACAUAAUACAUAUUUUAAGAGCUCCAAUGGAAAAAAUCUAGUUGGAAGUGGUCUUAAACAUCUUUGUUCCAACAAACUUGCCAAUGUUCCAACGUCAACCUCUAUUGUAUGUUUAGUUUAUUUUUUUUUUACGCUUGUAAUUAAUUCAAUCAAAGUGUUCUUACAUGUCUGAAACCAAACUGGCCAGCGACAAAAACACAAAGAAAAAAGACACCAAUAGGCAUCCGUAGGUUAACACCAUACAAAUGUGGGGAAGAAUUAACGUCAAAGAUCCAAGAAGGAUCAUGGACACUAAGAAAGCCAUGUACGUAAAGCUGCUUUUUAACCUUUCUCGCGAUGAUAAGAUGUCAUCUCUUCAUCACCAAGAACCCAUGGCUUUAUAUCCGGCAAGUUAAGAGCUAUUGAUCUUCUAAAAAAAAAGCAAAGUCGGACAACAAAGGACACGACUAAUUAACGCCUCGAUAGAAACCAUCAUGAAACAAGGAGCAAUACCUCCUUCCUUUGACUAGAGCCAAGAACAAACUGAACGGAUGACAAGCAUAUGUCAGUUACAGAAGCUCCACCAGCAAUCUCCAACGAGACAGAUAGCAAUGGCUAGAGCCAACUGGAGACUAAACCAUAGAAGAGACAAAACUCCUUCCUAGUCUAGCCUUCACGAAGAAUAGCAACGAUCCCCAUGUCAAAUAAGCAACGACGCCAGCAUAGGAUGCCGCAAGUAGAGAAUAAGAAUAACAUGAGCAGCUUCUUGUUAUCAAAUUUCAGUAGAAUUCUCAAAAACUAAUUGAUGAAACAAAGAUCACGUUUUUUUUUGUUAACGCGCGGUUACAUCUUUUAUUUAUUUUAAGCUAUUUUUUUUCUUUUUAUAGUUUUAAUAUUUCAUUUUUUCUUAAUCUUACGUAGCAAUUUGAUUGGUAUUAAUAAUAGAGGUGAAUUUGAGAGUUUACCAUAGGAGAGCCCAAGUUUUGUUCCUAAUUGCAUAAUCCGGUCGAGGGAGACAAAAAGUCAACUAAAAGUUGUUAUCGAAAGAGUUUGGAGUUGAACCGAUACGGUUUACGUUAUGGGACUGCACUAUAUUGUAUUUCCAGUUAAAAUGAGGGGUUUUGUGUGUGUUUCUAAAAGAUUCGUGCCUGUCUUGCUAUUUGACAAUAGUUUAGGGUCUUCAAAACAAGACGGCAAACUGAAAGCGCUUCAGUUCCAAAACCCUAAUCUCCUCCGUAAACCCUUUCUCCCUCCCUCUCUCAGAUCCUCACAUCUUCAAUGGCGUCGUUUGAGCGUUUCGACGACAUGUGCGACAUUAGACUAAAGCCUAAGAUUCUCAGAAACCUUCUGUCCGACUAUGUCCCCGACGAGAAGCAGCCUCUCGUCGACUUCCAAUCACUCUCCAAGGUUGUAUCCACUAUCUCCACCCACAAGCUCUUAUCUGAGGACCAGAAGCUUCACGCUAAGUCGAAAUCAGCCGUUGAUGAAUGGGUUGAGAGGUUGCUGGCUCUGGUUUCUUCAGACAUGCCAGAUAAAUCAUGGGUGGGUAUCGUUUUGAUUGGAGUGACUUGUCAAGAAUGUAGCUCGGAUCGUUUCUUUAGUUCCUACUCUGUUUGGUUCAACAGUUUGCUCUCUCAUGUUAAGAAUCCAGAAAGUUCUAGAAUUGUUCGAGUGGCUUCGUGUACUUCAAUCUCUGAUCUCCUUACAAGGCUGUCUAGAUUUUCGAAUACGAAGAAAGAUGCAGUUUCACACGCUGCCAAAGUAAUCUUGCCAGUCAUUAAACUAUUGGAAGAAGAUUCUUCAGAAGCACUAUGGGAAGGCAUUGUCAAUCUGCUGAGUACAAUUGUUAUCUUGUUUCCUGCUGCCUUCCACAGUAGUUAUGACACGGUUGAAGAAGCUAUUGCCUCUAAAAUAUUUUCUGCGAAAACCAGUUGUAGUUUAUUAAAGAAACUUGCGCACUUUCUAGCAUUGCUUCCCAAAGCUAAUAAAGGAGAAACGGCCAGCUGGUGCUUAAUGAUGCAGAAGCUGUUGAUAUCUAUAAACGUUCAUUUAGAUAAUUUUUUCCAAGGUCUAGAAGAAGAAACAACAGGGAAGAAAGCAAUCCAACGAUUGGCUCCUCCUGGAAGAGACGCUCCUUUGCCCUUUGGAGGUCAGAAUGGGAGUUUGGAUGAUGCAGUGUGGAACUCUGAACAGUUGAUUGUAUCCAGAGUUUCUGCACUUAUGUACUGCUGCUCAGUGAUGCUAACUAGCUCCUACAAAUGCAAGCUUAACAUUCCAGUUGCCUCGUUAGUAUCCCUCGUUGAGCGAGUGCUGGCGGUGAACGGCUCUCUACCAAAAGCCAUGUCACCUUUCAUGACAGGGAUCCAACAAGAAUUGGUUUGUGCAGAGCUUCCCACUUUGCAUUCUUCGGCUCUGGAACUCUUGCGUGCUACCAUUAAAAGUAUCCGCAGCCAACUUUUACCAUAUGCUGCAUCUGUGGUGAGACUUGUUAGCAGUUACUUCAAGAAAUGUUUAUUGCCAGAACUGAGGAUAAAGCUAUACACAAUCACCAAAACCUUGCUCAAAUCCAUGGGUCUAGGAAUGGCAAUGCAACUGGCAAACGAAGUUGUCUCAAAUGCCUCUGUGGAUCUAGACACGAAAACCGUAGAAGGGUCUGAUGUGGUUUCCAGCACAAAUCCGAGAGCUGUUGUCAAGGCUGGCAGUAAAAAAAGAAAGCAUUCAACUAAUAGAGGAGUGGAGGCAGAGAAUGCUGCUUUUGAAGUGGGAAUCCCUCACAAUCACUCGAGUAGCCCUAUCUCAUUGAAGAUAGCAGCUCUGGAGGCCCUAGAAAAUUUUCUCACAACUGGUGGUGCAUUGAGAUCGGAUAGCUGGAGAGACCGUGUUGAUAAGCUUCUAAUGAUGACAGCGAGAAAUGCUUGUGAAGGAAGAUGGGCCAAUGCUGAAACCUACCAUUAUCAACCAAAUAAGUCGGCCGCAGAUCUAGUUGAGUUUCAGGUUGCAGCACUCCGAGCCUUUUUGGCAUCCCUCGUUUCUCCAUCAAGAGCACGCCCUGCAUACUUAGCUGAAGGGCUUGAGCUUUUCCAAACAGGUAAGUCUGAGGGAGAGAUGAAAGUUGCUGGAUUCUGUGCUCACGCUCUCAUGUCCCUUGAAGUUGUUAUACAUCCUCGGGCACUUCCACUCGAGGGUCUCCCAUCAGUUAGCGACCAAUUCCCGGAAAGCAAUUCUCUGGCCAGCCUAAAACACAACACACCUAAUCUGAAUAAUGGUGAUAAUCUAUUCAAAGAAUGGACGGCAAACGUGGAUGUUCCCUCUAACAACGAGAUUCUGAGGAAUGUUGACUCGACUUUAGCUCUCCAAGAGGCUAAAAGAUUGAAACGUGGGAACGAUUUAGCCAUUGUGGAUUCUCUGAGUGGCCAAGAUCAUACAGAUAUUGUUGGAUCAGAGAAUGUUCAACAAGCUGAUGUGCGUAAGAAGGUUCCUGAAUCACCUAAGGAAUCUCUAGGACAUGUUUCAGAGAGAGAUGAUAUGGCUCCGGAAGAAGUUUAUCGAGAAGUAGUGAGUGAGACUCAAGAGGGAGAGGGUUUAGCGGUUAAGGAUAGUAUCAUGGAGGAAGCAGUAGUUGUUAAGAAACGAGAGUCCUUGGAUGAUGAAUCUGAUGAUGAUUCUAUUCCGAGUCUUAAGGCAGAUGAUUAUCUCUCUUCUGAUUCUGAUAUUGAAUCUUAAUGCCAGACAGAAGAUUUCACAAAGCAGUCUCUUUUUUUUCUUUGAAAGUUUUGAUCAUGAUUUUCUUUCCUUUUGAAGAUACUUUCGCUGAAUAGUUCCCAACUAUAUAAUUCAAAAUUUUCAAGUGUUUAGUUUAUUUAUUUUUAUCGCA